AUGCUUCAAUCAAAUUCGAAUAUUCGACUGCGAAACCUAACCCUAAACCAGGGCUGCUCGUUGCCGUUUGAGUGCUUCGCCAUGAAAGGAGCUAGCUCGAAAGCUGAUUCGCGGAAGGCCGACAGCAGAAGCAGACAAAGAGAGAAGAAAGCAGCAAAGGAUCCAAACAAGCCAAAGAGGGCUCCAAGCGCAUUCUUUGUUUUCUUGGAAGGUUUCAGGCAGCAAUACAAGGAAAAACACCCCACCAACAAAUCAGUUUCUGCUGUCGGUAAAGCUGCUGGUGAGAAGUGGAAGUCUAUGAGUGACGAGGAUAAGGCUCCAUUUGUGGCAAAGGCAAUGAAGAAGAAGGAGGAAUAUGAACGGAAGAUGGAAGCCUACAACAAAAAAUUGGCUGGAGGCAGUGGUGAUGAAGAAUCUGACAAAUCAAAGUCAGAGGUUCAUGAUGAGAACGAUGAUGAAGGCAGUGGAGAGGAGGAAGAAGAUGAUGACUAG